AUGGCUGAAGAUGAGAAGGAACUGCUGCUCAGAAUAGCAUCAGUGCUUGGAGCAGAAAAAGAUGGAUGCAGUACAAAGGAAGUGGAAACAAAGUACCGGACAUUUUUCGGUUGUUCGUUAACGAUACCGUCAGGAUACUCGUCUCUUGAAGCUUUUCUUGCCGGUCAAAUCGGGGCCAUGUAUGUCGAAAGGAAGAACCAGAGGUGGUUUGCUGUAAAACGGAAGGAAGUUGCACAUAAUAUAGAGAUGGUGCUUAAUACUAAGUCAAAAAAGAAGAAGCAGUUUGGAGUUUCCUGUUGCAAUUAUCGUGGACAUGGCCCUCAGCAGUUGAAACAGCUUAGUUCAAGGAAGCAGCCGUUUCAAAAUCAAAAUCAAGGUUGGAAGGCAGUAAAGCAAGGUGAUAUACUUUCAGAAACUGGAUCAGUAGAUCAAAGAAGGAUGGUCUUUGCCGAAGAGGCUCGCGAAAACAAUUUUAGUACGAGAAGAAAUCAUCAAACCCGUGAAAACUCAUUACCUUAUAAUUCUGCUGCAUUAGAUCCAGGACCAGAUUCUCGUUCUUACCGUUUACAGCCGCCAGAACUAGCACUUAAUUUCCCUUCCCAUUAUUCUCGCCCAUCUAAUUCAGUACCAAAUAGCACAUCUCAUAAAGGGAUUAAACGGUUCUUAAAUUUAUUAGAAAGAGCGGGCAGUGACGUGACGUGGAGUGACUUUGAGAUUUUUUACAAAAAAACGACAGGUGUACUUUUAGACGACAAAGAGGCA